AUGUCCGAGGUGAUUUCAGAUAUAAACCCCGUACCCGACUCGAAAGAAGCCGUCGUGAGAGACAGUGAAAUCGGAAUCGGAAAUAGCCGUGCCUAUCGUCCCACGAAAUGGCAGAGUAACCUGACUUUAUUGAGCUGUUACAUAGCCAAUUUCAGUGAUGGCUACCAGAAUGGCCUGGCCAACCCCACAAAUGUCAUAUUCAAAAUGCUGCUCGGCGCGAAAGGCUAUCCAGCUGAGAUACAGACGAGGAUCAGUAACUCGCUUUUGAUAGGUGCCAUUCUGGGUGUCAUUGUGUUUGGCUAUGUCACUGAUAUGGUAUCCCGGCGCGCCGGUCUGCUCUUUACUUCUUUUCUAGUCACCAUCAGCACUUUAAUGGCAACUCUUGCCCUGCAAGUACCUAGCUCGAACAUGUUGUGGUUCUUUGUAAUCGUCCGAGGUAUUUGUGGCUUUGGUGUGGGAGGUGAAUAUCCGCCCAGUGCAGCAGCCGGUUUGGAGGAAUCCGAUGAUUUUGCUCGCCGCUACCGAGGGCCGAUUUUUAUCUCUUUCACAACAUUGAUGGCUACAGUGGCUUCUCCUGUUCAGAUGAUCAUUUACCUGAUCUGUCUGAAGGCAAGCAAUAACAACCUACCCGUUACUUUCCGUGCUCUCUACUCCAUCGCAACUAUCCUCCCAGCUAUUAUCAUGGUUCUCCGGUUUUUCAUGGUUGACUCAACUUUGUAUCACCACUCGAACUUCAAGUCGCAAAAGAAGAAACCGCUGCGUUUCUAUUGGCUUUUGAUCUGUCGAUACCGUUUCCGACUCUUCACUACAUCUCUAGCUUUUUUCCUCUACGAUUUCAUCAACUUUCCCAAUGGGAUUAUGUCAAGCACUAUUAUUUCAUCUUUGGUGAAAGAUGGCAACAUUCAAACAAGUGCAAUUUGGCAGGUUAUUCUGGCAGUUCUUCCGGUCCCCGGUGUUGUCGUCGGUGCUUGGCUUAGCAAUGUUGUCGGUCGACGGUAUACCGGUAUCAUUGGGUUUGCUGGGUAUGUAGUUUUGGGGUUUAUUAUCGGUGGCACGUAUUCGAAAUUGUCGAAUCAUAUUGCCGCCUUUGUCGUUCUCUACGGUCUAUUGCAAGCAUUUGGCCACAUGGGACCUGGGGCAACUAUCGGCCUGAUCAGUUCUGAGGCUUUUCCGACUGCGAUGAGAGGGAUGGGAUAUAGUGUUUCCAAUGCUUUUGGUCGGACUGGAGCCGCGGUAGGUACUGAAUGCUUUACGCCGCUGGAACAAGUUGCAGGCAAAAGCUCUACAUUUUAUCUUGCUGGUGGUGUUGGUGUGCUUGGUAUGAUUGUGUAUUGGUUUCUGCCGGAGAGUGGAGAUGUCAAUCUGGAGGAAGAGGAUGCGAACUUGGCUAAGUAUAUGGCUGAGCAUGGGUUUUCGAUGAACACUGACAUCUGA